CUAUUGCUUUAUUUUUUUGUAUUAAUUGUCCUUUUACUUUCCUCUGCCAACACAGCCAUCUCUCUCUUUUUUAACGCCGUUUCUGCUCUUUGUUGCGGUUGUUACUUUUCUUGGCGGUCAGGAGUGAAACAAGUUAAACUACUUUGGCAUGUUGUUUUUUAAGCGUUGGGUUGUGAAGUUUGGCUGUUUUACCAUCUGGGUUUGAUUCAGUUAAUCAAGAGAAUUUGGUUCCACUUUGAGGUUUUUGCCAUAUUUUGGAAAGCUGGGGUUUUGAUCAAUAACUGUUGUAGCAACUGGGGCUUGAAUAUUUGGUGGUUUGGUGAUCAGUUUGUGAAGAACUUUGAUUGGAUUCUGUGGCUGUUGCUAGGGAUUGAACUUGUCUGUUGUUUAGAACAAAUUUGGAAGGGUUGGAAAGUUUUUUUUUUCUUUUUUUCAAUUUGGUGAACUUGGUUUUGGAGACAAUAUUUGGAUUUUGUGGCAACAGGGAGAAGUUGAACUUGCCUGUUUAAGCAGUUCGAAUUCAGUUACUUUGUUAUCUGGACUGCUGUCUUCUGUGGAUUUGGUGGGGUGAGAUUUGAGCAAUCCAGCUGAGUCUCAUCGUGAUAGUCAAUAAUUAGGGUAGCUGGAACUUGCGAACAUAGAGAUUUGUGGGUUUUAAACAUCAAGUUGCUUUUGUGUUUCUGUUUUCUCUAGUGUUGGAUGCUCUGGGUAUGAAAGCGUGAGCUAUAUUAGUUGAAUUUCUGCAGUUUUGUGUAUAUUCUGCAGUUCUGCAGAAUAAAGACAUGUUUUCAUCAUUUUUAAAUUCCCAAAGAUUGAAACGGAGCACAAUUUUUCUUUGAGGAUGGCUAUGAAUGCAUUGAUUCUAUUGUUAUUGGUGCAAUUUCCGAUUAUACUGGCCUCAAGGUUUUCUAUACAUUCAAAGGUUUGUGGUUCUGAUCAUAUAGCCUAUUCAAAUUUUCACGGUCAUGAAUUGUUUUACAUUAAUGGGGAGCUCAAAGACAAAGAAUCAUUUUGCAAGGCCUUCCAUUUCCUCGAUGUAAAUGCUUGUAUCUUUGAGGACUACCUUGGGAGUAGCUCCAGUGGAUUGGACCCGGACCUUUCUUUAGCUGACUUUCCUCUGAAGCGAGAAAGAAAUCUUUUGCAAAAGGAGGGUAGAGAAGAAUCCACAAGUCAUGAUCUUAGUCGGGAUACUCCAAAAGAGAAGAAGGAUGAUCCAGAAACUCUUUCAACUCCCCAUAAAGCUGGGUUAGCAGUGGCAGGAGUUGUUGUUAUGUGUUGUGGUUUUCUCUGCCCGUGUCUAUAUAAGAAAAGGAAACCAGCCACGCACACUGUUCUUGAAAAGGAUCCAAACUCACUGGAUUCAGUACCCUCGUUCAAUGUGAAUCCUGCUUCUGAAAAAGUGCUGUCCACUCCUCAUCGGGUGCCACCUAGUCCCUCUAGAUUCUCUCCAUCUCCAAAACUCAGUAGAUUAGGAUCAGUUCAUCUCAAUCUGAGUCAGGUUGCUAGAGCCACACGUAAUUUUUCUCCAUCACUUCAGAUAGGCGAAGGAGGCUUUGGAGUUGUCUACAAGGCCCAACUAGACAACGGUCAGUUGGUUGCCAUAAAACGAGCAAAGAAGGAAUACUUUGUGAACUUACAAACUGAAUUCAGCAGUGAAGUUGAACUUCUGGCCAAAAUUGAUCAUCGGAAUCUGGUGAAGUUGCUUGGUUAUGUUGAUAAAGGAGAUGAACGCCUUAUUAUCACAGAGUAUGUGCCCAAUGGUACUCUCAGAGAACAUCUGGAUGUUCUGCAUGGCAAAAUCCUGGAUUUCAACCAGCGGCUUGAAAUAUCCAUUGAUGUUGCUCAUGGAUUAACUUAUCUCCAUCUAUAUGCAGAGAAGCAAAUAAUUCAUCGAGACGUGAAGUCAUCCAACAUUCUUUUGACAGAGAGCAUGAGAGCCAAAGUGGCAGACUUUGGAUUUGCUAGGAUGGGUCCAGUAGACUCUGAUCAAACUCAUAUCUCAACCAAAGUGAAGGGGACAAUGGGUUACCUAGACCCUGAAUAUAUGAAGACCUAUCAACUUACCCCCAAGAGUGAUGUGUACUCAUUUGGGAUUUUACUUCUGGAAAUCCUGACAGGACGGCGCCCUGUGGAGAUGAAGAAACCUGCUGAUGAGCGGGUGACACUUAGAUGGGUCUUUAGGAAGUACGAGGAAGGAAAUGUAGUGGACAUGGCGGACCCGCAUAUGGAAGAAGUGGUGGACGCAGAGAUACUAUCCAAAAUGUUUGCCUUGGCAAUCCAGUGUGCAGCACCCGUUCGCACCGAACGACCGGACAUGAAAGUAGUAGUUGAGCAGUUGUGGGGAAUAAGAGCAGACUACCUGAAAGGUGUAAAGAAAGGGUAACAGCAGCGCAAAACUUAAGUGGUCUUCUAGCCGUCUCACAAUUCCUUUCUGUUCUUUUUUUACUUCUUUUUUUAGCCUACCUGUAAACAAAUUGUGUUUUUAACUUUGAGACAGGUUACUUCCAUCUCCACUCUGAUGCUCAUCAUUUUAAGGAAGCAUUUCAAA